AUGAAUACUGUUGAUAAAUACUAUGUCAAUGAAAAAGCCCUUGAAGAAGCUGUUAAGGAGAACAUGAAACGAACUGGAUUUAAGCCCAAAGAUUGCGACGCUUAUAAAUGGUUGAAAUCUUUUUUCGGAGAUAAAUUCAGCAGUGAUGAUGUCAAAAAUCUUUCUUUAGUAAUAAAUGACAAGCUAGGAAUUCAGUUUGGGCGAGAAUAUUAUCGCAGAAAGAAGACUUGCAUCUACUGGAUUCAAUUAAAUUUCCAAGAAAUUAAGGAAAAGUGGCCAAAUUUUGCUAUAGCCACUACUCAUAAAGAUAUAAAUGGCUCAGAUAAAGUUGUUAUUAUUCCUCAUCCAUGA